AUGGCAUCCAAUACAUGUAAGACUUGUAAGCGACGCUUCUCAAAACCGGAGCAUCUGAAGCGUCAUGAACGCUCGCGUAUGAACCCCCCACAUCUUCUUCUCCCUCCUCUCCACACACUAAAGCCUCUGCUAGACACCUUGGAACGACCAUAUCGAUGCUCCGUGUGCCAGAGGACAUACGCUCGAAGCGAUGUACUCUUCCGCCAUUUCAAAAAUCACCAACAGAAGGCAAAGAACCGGGUGAAUGAACGAAGCCCUCGCUCUACGUCCACGAGAGCCGCGAUCCCAACGACUCCGACGUCACUCGCCAACAUUGAUGCCGUUCCAGAACUGUCGACAAUAGUGGUGGCAGAUGACGCUCGAAAGUCGCGAGGCAUACGAGAUGGAACGUAUCCCUCACCCGAAGCUAUGUCGUUGACAGCAAUGCUCUCCGAAGACUUUGCUCCAGACAUGGCUAUCGCCCUAGGCUUGUGCGAGAACGAAACGACCUCGACAAACGGCGUACCAGACAUGCAGACACCGCAACAAUCCCUCAUUGAAGUGCAGAACACGGAUGAAGGUCAAGGUGUGCUCUCGGGGAGCUCCCUCCCGUUCACUCUUGACCCCGCCUUACGGCAGUCAUCUCCCUUCCAAGAGAGACUGGACACACUUGACGUGGCUCUCGUUGACGGGACCUUCGAGGCUCGUCCUACACUAGCAGCUCAGGACAGCACACCCCAGGGACACCAUUUUGGCCUCGAAAGCAAUUGGUGGUUAUCACCAAUCCAGUGGCAGGAUCAAGUAGCCCCAGAAUUGGCUGACAUAUGGGGUGGAAACUUGGACCAUACCCCUCCACAAUAUUCAAAGGAAGCGCAAGACCGAACAACACCCAAUGGCACUGUUGUGCGGUCUCCACUGGAGGCUCACUCCUCUCGCAUACAAGACUGUUGGGCUCAAGGCUUUCAUCGCAAGAAGCAACCCAGGUCGAAUAUCUGGCAAGACCUUGCAACGGGUGAAGGACUGUUCAACAAUCUGGCAGAGCCGCAGUCGAUCGAUACUGCAACAAGAACUCAGAACAGCAGCCGAACACUGAAUCACAGCACGAAACAACGAGUUUGGUCGGCUUUCCAAGACAUCUCAGAUCGCGUGGGCAAUGACGCCUUCACCCACCCCAUCACAGCGGAGAUUUUGGAAAUAGCCUACGAACAGUACAUCAUCCACCAUCACAGCUCAGUGCCUAUGAUUCACCUUGCUACCUUUCGUCCCGAAAUGGCCCCGACGCUUCUUCUCCUGGUCAUGUGCUCCAUUGGCUUGAGCAUCAUGGUCGAGCCCGCAAUACAUCUGGAUUCGGUAUCCAUCAUCCCACCUUGCGCCAUCAAGCUUUUUGAGGCACCCACACUGAAAGCUUGGUCAGCCAUAGGCCCUGAUGUUGGAGAGAUGUUUGGUCCUGUCAUAUCAGCCUCCUAUUCAAAUACGCCGGACAUGUCAAGGACGUUGGACAUCACGCCGACGCUGCUGUCACUGCUACAAUUGCGACUUGUCGCAGCCACCACUUCACUCAACCAAUCUAUUCAGUCUACUGAUGCCGCUCCAGAGAUACUUCCCUGGAGGUCAUUCAAUGGCGAUGUCCGCGCCAGGCCGUUGGCUAGGCUGACCAUGGACCUCACGAGAGCCGCCAACGAGACGUCCAGAGACUUCGAGAUGAACAAUGCAGUCUCAUGGCAUGCAUCUUGUAUGGCACUGGGCGCCAACAUUCCACUGUUCGAAAUAGCCGUCGGCCGUUCCGGCCCGGCCGCCACAGCUCAAGCCAUGGAGCAGAUCUCGAGUUGGGCUCGCACACCGUCUGCGAGGCGAUCGGUGAUACACGCCAGUCACAUAUUUGGUCUACUCUUGAAACGCAGAAUUACCGAGCCAGUUCACUUGCAGAGCAUCAUGGCUCUUUUCCAAGCUGCUUUGGUUCAAGGCCUUUACAUACUUGUCGCGCCCACUCUACCUCAAGACGGAGACCCCCACAAUCUGUACGAUGAGGUGAACUGGGAAGCACUGGGGCCGUUAGGUCUUGCAGAAACUCCUUCCAAGGCUCAGUUACCGGAUUCAGCAUCAUUCCCCGCGGCCAAGUUCAUCUUGAAUGGAGGGAACAUGUCCAUUGGGCAUUUCACGAUAGAUCCUGGGCAGACGGAAGCUCGCAAAUGUUGGCUCCACUUCGCGAGUUUGAUGCUGGGCUUGGGGCGGUGGAAGUCACGCACAUUCUCGCGAAUCUUGCAUGUUAUGUGUGAUAACCUCUCGGAGUUUGACAUGAAAGAUUCCUAG